AUGGGUACCCCUGUAGUACUGCUGUUAUCAGUGAUCUCGGGCCUGACCCUAGUAAGGACCGGAGCUACUGAUCUUGAAGUUUCCUGGACAGAAGAGGAUGGUGAUAAGAUUGACAGCUACACCCUCAGCUACGAGCCGGCAUACGGGACGGGCACGCCUGUGGACCUGGACCCCGCACCGACAGCAGGCACCACCUCGGCUACCGUGUCGGGACUGCUGCCCGACACAACAUACAUCCUCACGCUCACUUCUUCUGAUGAUCAGGGCCAGGAAAACGGAGUAAUCGUCGGGACUUUCUGGACAGGUGAACCAGUGAUCUCGGACCUGACCCUCGAAAGGGCCGGGCUUACUGAUCUGGAAGUUUCCUGGACAAAGGAGGCCGGUGUUCAGAUUGACAGCUACAUCCUGAGCUACAAGCUGGCAGACGGGAUGGCCUCAUCUAUGGACCUGACCCCCGCACCGGGAGCAGACGACACCUCGGCUACCAUGUCGGGACUGCUGCCCUACGCAAACUACACUAUCACGCUCACUUCUUCUGGCCAGGCCAACCAGCAAAUCGGUUUUAUCAAAGGGACUUUCUGGACAGGUGGGUAA